AUCGGAUCAUAAAAGCAAAAACAGAAAUAAAACAAAACAAAAAGAAAAGCAAAAAAAUAUUUCCAAUACAAAGACCUAAGAAACGCCAAAAGCUUCUUCAAUACUAAUGAUAGAACAAAACCAACGAUAUCUCUACCAGCAGUCAUAAAAACAAGUCUCUCUGUUUCUCCUCUUUCUUAGUAAGCUCCAGUUCUGCGAGUUAAAUUCUUUAACUUAACUCUGUAAUGGAGGUUUUGGCACUGAGUUAUCAGCUCCGAGUUGCGGUUUAUAUGUUGAUUUCUCCACUGUUGGAUCCUCCUUCAUUUACUUUAAUAAACAAGUCCUGUUUGUAGUGCUUCGCUUUUGCUUUGGAUUCUUAUGCUCACUUUAGACUGUGAUCUCGACGUUGAUUCGCUGAAAUCUCGCAGAUCUAACGUGUAAUUUUAUAAUAAUCAACGGCAUCGGUGAUGUCGGUGCUUGCAGCAGCGAAUACCACUGAAGUACCAAGAAAAGUCUGCAGUCUGUUGCUGCAGCUUUUGGUUGUUGCAUGUUAUGUAAUUCCCACCACCGAUGCCGAUUUGGUUGAUAAUCAAUUUUUCAAAGAAUGGAUAGUACCUCCAAGUGGAGCGCCUUUGCCUGCACCAGCUAUUCCAGAUCUUCCCCUCCCAGCCAACUUGCCACUGUUUCAUAGACCACCAAGAAAACAUUUAGCGCCAGUUCUUGCACCAUCAAUUGUGGUAGCACAUGCCAAACCUCCUAAUUAUGAUCCACUAAUAGCUUUCAGUCAUCCCCCUACCAGUUCGCGUUUGUCGAAACCAUCAAUGAAGAAAAAUCCAUUACUGCCUCCUGGUGUUGGAUUGAUAGAUGUUGCACCAACACAAUCCAGCGCUGGUGCAAAUGCUACUGGUUUAGCUCAGCCGCCAUUAUCUCCUUAUGUCUCUGGUGAGACAAUUAAAAAUUUUACAAUUUCUAUUUUUAUACUUUCAUGUUUCAUUUGCAAAUAUUUUAUUGUCAAAGAUAAAGUGUCAAUAUCUAUUAAUGCUUCCUACUCAAACUAGAGCAAAUUUCUGCAAGAAUUAGCUUCUCAGCUUGAUUUGCUCGUUUCUCAAAUUGAGCUGAUCAACUUUUAUGUACUUAGCUUAUCAAGAUUAAAUAUCUCAAUGGACAUUACUCCUCAUACGGGAAUCAGCUUCUCCGCCAGUGAUGUGUUAUUAAUAAACUCUUCACUGGCAUUGCACAAGGUUCAUUUCGACUCAAGUCUUGUGGGUGAUUACAGACUUCUCAAUUUUACCUGGUUUGAACCCCCAGCACCUUCGCAAGCUCCUACUAUUGCUCCAUCACCUUUGCAAGCACCAGCACAUCAAUCUGUGAGUUCCACAUCAGUUGGUGCUUCGAACAGCGGCAAACAUACAAAUUUAAUUGUUAUACUUGCUAUUGGUGCUGGCAUUCUGAUCAUUGCUAUAAUAUCUAUGCUUAUAAUUUGCUCAUGCGCAUUUCAUGGACGGAAGCCUAAAGGAGGAUCUCCUAAAGCAACUGUGAAGCCAAGGACUGUAGAAGCAGUUCCAGCUGGAGGAUCUCUUCCACAUCCUACCAGUACACGGUUUCUAGCCUAUGAAGAACUUAAAGAAGCAACCAACAACUUUGAACCUGCAAGCAUACUUGGAGAGGGUGGGUUUGGUAGAGUUUUCAAGGGUGUCUUAAGUGAUGGUACUGCUGUAGCAAUUAAAAGGCUUACUAGUGGAGGGCAGCAAGGGGAUAAAGAAUUUCUAGUUGAGGUUGAGAUGCUUAGCAGAUUGCAUCACCGUAAUCUCGUCAAACUUGUGGGCUACUAUACCAGUCGCGACUCUUCACAAAAUCUACUGUGUUAUGAACUUGUUCCAAAUGGAAGCUUGGAGGCCUGGCUGCAUGGUCCUCUUGGUGUAAAUUGUCCUUUGGAUUGGGACACUAGAAUGAAGAUUGCACUUGAUGCUGCAAGGGGACUUGCAUACCUGCAUGAGGACUCACAACCCUGUGUUAUCCACAGAGAUUUCAAGGCAUCCAAUAUAUUGCUUGAGAACAAUUUCAAUGCUAAAGUUGCUGAUUUUGGAUUAGCCAAACAGGCACCUGAAGGCAGAGCAAACUACCUUUCCACUCGUGUGAUGGGCACAUUUGGGUAUGUGGCACCUGAGUAUGCUAUGACGGGACAUCUACUAGUAAAAAGUGACGUUUACAGCUAUGGAGUUGUCCUCCUUGAGUUGCUGACAGGAAGGAAACCUGUAGAUAUGUCACAACCAUCUGGGCAGGAAAAUCUGGUCACUUGGGCCAGGCCGAUCCUUAGAGACAAAGAUAGGCUAGAAGAGCUUGCUGAUACAAGGCUUGGGGGAAAAUAUCCAAAAGAAGAUUUUGUACGCGUUUGCACCAUUGCAGCAGCUUGUGUUGCUCCGGAGGCAAACCAACGACCGACAAUGGGUGAAGUGGUUCAGUCACUUAAAAUGGUACAGCGUGUCACAGAAUAUCAGGAUUCUAUGUCAGCUUCUAACACCCGGCCGAACAUGAGACAGUCGUCUACUACCUUCGAGUCCGAUGGAACAUCCUCAAUAUUUUCCUCGGGUCCUUACUCAGGUCUAAGUGCCUUUGAUAAUGACAACAUCUCUCGAACGGCAGUUUUCUCGGAAGAUCUUCAUGAAGGACGAUGAAUGCCUUCUUUUGAUUUGAAAAGCAUUCUUUUGAUCGACCAAUAUACGAUUUGUGGAUAAAUUUGAAGAUGGCAAGAUGCUGAUAGGAAUUCUUUUGAGGAAAUGGCAUAGAUUUCGCAGUUGUGAUUGGUGGAGUUGGUGGGUUUUUUUGGGUUGUGCCUUGCGGGAUGUCACUGCAAAAUUUUCCCAAAGGCAGUGGUUACCUACAUGGUUGACGAAAUUUUGUAUAUAGUACUUUCUAGAGCUUUGUCUUACUGGAUUAUUUUUCAAUGGUCUUUGCUUAAAUCUUCUUUUCUUUCGUCCCAUA